AUGUGGGAAACGAUUGAACUACCAGACGCCGACGGACCGGUACGAAAGGAAGAAGACAGAAUCCCCGCCAAACAGUUGGCCCUUUCACCCGCUCACUGCGUCAUCGAUGCCCUUCAAUGCAAGCCUUUCCAAUAUGGUCAAUUCUUCUCGUAUCAUGAUGUCACGGGACAUUCAAUGGCCGUUGUUGUGGCAGACCAUAAAUACAGGCCGCUGCAGCGUCCGGCCUACAACGUGGAAGUGAAGGGUGUGAUCAUGCAUCCCUCUUUCGACAACAGCGUAUCAACAUCUGGAUUUGACAUCGCACUCCUACAACUGAACCGUGAAGUCAAACGCUCACGGUGGACAGAAUACGCAUGUCUCCCUGAACCUGGGUUUUCUCUUCCUACUGGGCAUUUCUGCAACUUUGCUGGCUGGGGAAGGAUUCCUAAUCCACCUCAUCUUCCAACGCCACGUCUCUCCGAAACUCUGAUGGAGGUACGCAUUCCAAUCUCAUCAACCGCUGCGUGCAAGUUUAUGCGUGGAUUUUCAGACGAAACGGAGGCAUUUUGCACAAAUAACCUAUAUGGGGCCCUAUGUGCUGGUGACAGCGGAGGGGGGCUCCACUGUGUAACUCAAGGCGGAUCGAAGUGGUUUGUCUACGGAGUAUUAUCAAACAGCCCCGAAAACUGCACGAGGGGAUUCGAUGUAUUUGCUUUCACGGCGACGAAACUCAGCUGGAUUGAACAGGUUAUCAAUUCAAAUCCGUAG